GCUGUCUCUGCUGUUGCUGCUGCUGACAGAAACGUGUUAGGAAAGCAGAAAGAGAAAAUGCCAGCCAUCCUGGUAGCCUCCAAAAUGAAAUCGGGACUACCUAAACCCGUACACAGCGCUGCUCCCAUCCUGCAUGUCCCAACGGCCAGGACCAUCCCACAGCCCUGUUACCUGAAGUUUGGGAACAAGGUGGAGGUGACGAAGCCAUUGUAUUCCAGCCAGAUUCCUCUAAAAUCUUCAAAUGGACAAGAAAAUGCAGGAGAUGGACUCCCACCAAGGAAGAGUAGCUCCAUAGAAAAUGGAUUUGACACACAGAUUUAUACGGAUUGGGCUAAUCACUAUCUAGCAAAAUCUGGUCACAAGAGAUUGAUAAAGGAUCUUCAGCAAGAUGUGACUGAUGGAGUCUUGUUAGCUGAAAUAAUCCAGGUUGUAGCAAAUGAGAAGAUUGAAGACAUCAAUGGCUGCCCAAAAAAUAGAUCUCAAAUGAUUGAAAACAUAGAUGCGUGCCUGAGUUUCUUGGCUGCCAAGGGGAUUAACAUACAGGGGCUGUCAGCAGAAGAAAUCAGGAAUGGGAAUCUAAAGGCCAUCUUGGGCCUUUUCUUCAGUUUGUCUCGAUACAAGCAACAACAGCAGCAGCCACAGAAACAGCAACCACACCACCAUCCACCUCAGCAAGCUCCCCCAGUGUCCCAGCAAGCAGGGCCCCCAUCCCAGUGCCAGGUUGGGGGACCUCAGCAGCAGGUGCCAGCUUCUCUGCAGACUCCGUGCCAACAGCCCCCGCAGCAUCCCUUCAAAGCACAACCAGAAAUGCAGUCAAGUGCAUCUCCCAGGGACUCAUCUCAAAGCAAAAUCAUCCGAUUCACUCUUGGUCAGAAAAAGUCUUCUAGACUUCCAGGCCCCACCACGAGGGUGUCCACUGCAGGCAGUGAGGCCAAAGCUCGUGGUUCUAUCAGUGCCAACAAUCGACGCAGCCAGAGCUUCAACAAUUAUGACAAAUCCAAGCCUGGACUUCCCCCUCCAACACCAACAGGUAGCAAUGACAAAGACCCUGCAGACAGUACAGCCUCCCAGCCCACAGGAAUGAAUGAAAAUGUCUCAUCCUCAGUUCAAAGCUGCAGCAGCACUGUUAGUUGCAAUAACUCAUCAGCCAUCCCUCAGCCCAGCUCUGCUAUUAAACCUUGGCGCAGCAAGUCCCUCAGUGUUAAGCACACAGCCACGUCUUCCAUGUUAUCCGUGAAGCAGCCGGUCCCAGAGCCUCCAAAGCCACCCUUGGACAUCUCCAAAGUAACUCCCAACAGUCAAAAAUCCAUGCUUGAAAAACUAAAACUCUUCAAUAGCAAAGGAGGCUCCAAAGCAGGAGGGACAACGCUCGAGUGUCCGGAGUCUCGGGAAAACAGUUGUGAAAAGCUGGAGACCCUCCUCAGCUUUGAGGAAAGCGAAGAAAUUGAUGGCAUGAAUCAGAAUGUGAACAAUCCGGGAUCCAUGUCCAGUAGUCCCAAAAUUGCACUCAAGGGAAUUGCACAAAGGACUUUUAGCCGGGCUCUAACUACUAAGAAAAGUUCUCCAAAGGGCAAUGAGAAGGAUAAACAGAAAGAGAAAGAAAAGGAUAAAAGCAAAGACGUUGCAAAGAGAACAUCUGUCACCGAGAAGCUGGACCUGAAAGAGGAACCAAAAGAAGAACAGACAACACUAGCAACAACAGAGAUGCCAAAAAAGUCCUCCAAGAUCGCAAGCUUUAUCCCAAAAGGAGGAAAGCUGAAUAGUGCCAAGAAGGAGGCCUCUGCCCCUUCGCACAGUGGAAUACCAAAACCAGGAAUGAAAAACACCACAGGGAAAUCCUCAAGUGCCCCCGUUCCUGCAAAGGAAGGCGAGAGAAGCCGCAGCGGGAAAGCUGGCUCGGGGCUCUCUCAUCAGAAGUCUCAGCUGGACAGCAGGCAUUCCAGCUCCUCAUCCAGCCUUGCCUCCUCAGAAGGAAAAGGAGUAGGAGGCCUCCACAGCAGCAGCAGCAGCCAAGCUGUCAAUGGACCCGCCGCCACGACACACACCACAGGGAGCAACACUGUGAGUGUCCAGCUACCUCAUCCCCAGCAGCAAUACAGCCACCCCAACACUGCCACCGUAGCUCCCUUCAUGUACAGAUCACAGACAGACAACGAAGGGAACGUAACAGCCGAGGCCAGCACAGGAGGGAUCAGCAUGGACUCUGCUCUGUAUGUCAAAACUGGACAGCCUGCUCUAGAAGACCUCUCAGGAGAGGAUCCGGAAACUCGGCGGUUACGGACUGUGAAGAACAUUGCUGAUCUCCGGCAGAACUUAGAGGAAACCAUGUCCAGCUUACGGGGAACCCAGGUCACUCACAGCACACUGGAAACCACGUUCGACACCAGCGUCACUACCGAGAUCAGCGGCCGCAGCAUCCUCAGCUUGACGGGACGACCCACCCCCUUGUCCUGGAGACUGGGGCAGUGCAGCCCCCGCCUGCAGGCAGGCGACGCCCCUUCCCUGGGCAACGGGUACCCCCCUCGUGGCAACGCCAGCCGCUUCGUCAGCGGCGAGACCGGGCGGUACCUGUACCCGGCACCGCUGCGCCGGCAGCUGGCCUCCCGUGGCAGCAGCGGCUGCCACCUGGACAUCUCGGACAAGGGCAGCGGUGAGAUGGACCUGGAAGGCAUCACCAUGGAUGCCACUGGCUACAUGAGCGAUGGGGACGUGCUGGGCAAGAAUAUCAGAGCUGAUGACAUCACCAGUGGGUAUAUGACUGAUGGUGGCCUGGGCCUCUACACUCGCAGGCUGAACCGGCUCCCUGACGGGAUGGCUGCCGUGCGGGAGACCGUGCAGCGCAACACGUCCCUGGGGCUCGGAGAUGCUGACAGCUGGGAUGACAGCAGCUCUGUCAGCAGUGGGAUCAGUGACACCAUAGAUAACCUCAGUACUGAUGAUAUUAACACUAGCUCCUCUAUCAGCUCCUACGCCAACACACCUGCCUCCUCCCGCAAAAACUUAGACGCACAGACUGAUGCAGAAAAGCAUUCCCAGGUUGAGCGGAAUUCCUUGUGGUCCGGGGAUGAAGUCAAGAAAUCAGACGGAGGAUCCGAUAGCGGCAUAAAAAUGGAGCCAGGAUCUAAAUGGAGGCGGAAUCCCUCUGAUGUGUCGGAUGAGUCUGAUAAAAGCACUUCUGGUAGGAAGAACACUGUUAUUUCACAGACGGGCUCCUGGCGACGGGGCAUGUCAGCUCAGGUUGGCAUUACCACACCAAGGACUAAACCUUCAACCACCUCAGGCACAUUAAAGACACCUGGAACAGGGAAAACUGAUGACGCCAAGGUAUCAGAAAAGGGUAGACUAUCUCCUAAAGCUGGACAUGUUAAACGUUCCCCAUCAGAUGCAGGACGCAGCAGUGGUGAUGAAUCCAAAAAGCUUCCCACAAGUAACUCUAGAGCAACUGCUGCUAAUGCUAAUACAUUUGGAUUUAAGAAACAGAGCGGGUCAGCUGUAGGCAUGACUAUAAUCACUGCCAGUGGGGCAACUAUCACCAGUAGAUCGGCCACCCUGGGAAAAAUCCCAAAGUCAUCUGGACUCAUGGGUCGGACCACUGGUCGGAAGACUAGUGUUGAUGGCUCACAGAACCAGGAUGAUGGCUACUUAGCACUUAGCGCCCGAACUAAUCUCCAGUAUCGUAGUUUACCCCGGCCCAGUAAAUCCAGUAGCAGAAGUGGAGCUGGGAAUAGAUCUAGCACCAGUAGCAUAGACUCCAACAUAAGCAGCAAGUCAGCCGGGCUGCCUGUCCCUAAAAUGAGAGAGCCUACCAAGGUAAUCCUUGGAAACUCUCUGCCAGGAUUAGUCAAUCAGACUGAUAAAGAGAAAGGGAUUUCGUCUGACAACGAAAGCGUGGCCUCAUGUAAUUCUGUUAAAGUGAACCCUGCAUCACAGACUGCUUCUAGUGGAGCUCAGAGCACCCACCAGCAAGGAGCCAAGUACCCCGAUGUGGCCUCUCCCACUUUGCGCAGACUUUUUGGUGGCAAACCUAGUAAACAAGUUCCCAUCACAACAGCUGAAAAUAUGAAAAAUUCCGUGGUCAUCUCCAAUCCUCACGCUACUAUGAACCAGCAGGGUAACCUUGAUUCACCAUCUGGCAGCGGGAUGCUGAGCAGUGGGGGCAGCAGUCCUUUGUACAGUAAAAACACAGAUAUGAACCAGUCUCCACUAGCUUCUAGCCCCAGUUCUGCACAUUCAGCUCCUUCCAACAGUUUGACAUGGGGAACCAACGCAAGUAGCUCGUCUGCUGUUAGCAAGGAUGGCAUUGGAUAUCAGUCUGUCAGCAGUCUCCAUACCAGCUGUGAAUCCAUUGAUAUCUCUCUGAGCAGUGGAGGAGGGCUGAGCCAUAAUUCCUCCAGUGGCUUGAUUCCAGCCUCUAAAGAUGAUUCUCUGACUCCCUUUGUUCGAACCAACAGUGUUAAGACUACGUUGUCUGAAAGCCCUCUUUCUUCCCCUGCCGCUAGCCCCAAAUUCUGCCGCAAUACUUUGCCCAGGAGACAGGACAGCGACCCACAUCUUGAUAGGAACACUUUGCCUAAGAAGGGACUCAGGUAUACUCCAUCCUCCCAGCUCCGUAAUCAAGAAGAUGCAAAAGAAUGGCUACGGUCCCAUUCAGCAGGAGGGCUUCAGGAUACUGCUGCCAAUUCUCCAUUUUCAUCUGGAUCCAGCAUAACAUCACCCUCUGGAACUAGAUUUAACUUCUCGCAGCUUGCAAGCCCAACCACUGCAGCCCAGAUGAGUCUGUCAAAUCCCACCAUGCUACGGACCCACAGCCUGUCCAACGCAGACGGGCCCUAUGACCCCUACAGCGACACGCGCUUCAGGAACAGCUCCAUGUCCUUGGAUGAGAAAAGCAGGACAAUGAGCCGCUCUGGCUCUUUCCGUGAUGGCUUUGAAGAAGUGCAUGGUUCUUCUCUCUCUUUGGUAUCCAGUACGUCAUCUAUUUAUUCGACACCUGAAGAGAAGUGCCAGUCAGAGAUUCGCAAGCUACGAAGAGAGUUGGAUGCAUCCCAAGAAAAAGUAUCAGCUCUGACGACUCAGUUGACUGCCAAUGCUCACCUGGUGGCAGCAUUUGAGCAGAGCCUGGGGAACAUGACAAUCAGACUGCAGAGCCUGACUAUGACAGCAGAACAAAAGGACUCAGAACUGAAUGAGUUAAGGAAGACAAUUGAACUACUGAAGAAGCAAAAUGCUGCUGCCCAGGCUGCCAUCAAUGGAGUCAUCAACACACCAGAGCUCAACUGCAAAGGACCUGGAGCUGCUCAAGCCACCGAUCUGCGGAUCCGGAGGCAACACUCUUCAGACAGUGUCUCCAGCAUCAACAGUGCCACCAGUCACUCCAGUGUGGGAAGCAACAUCGAGAGCGACUCAAAGAAAAAGAAGAGGAAGAACUGGUUACGCAGCUCCUUCAAGCAAGCUUUUGGUAAAAAGAAAUCUCCCAAGUCAGCAUCUUCUCAUUCAGAUAUUGAGGAGAUGACUGAUUCUUCAUUACCUUCUUCACCAAAGCUACCACACCACAACUCUACUGCUGCAACCCCAUUGCUGAGAGCUUCCCAUUCCAAUUCUCUUAUUUCUGAGUGCACUGACAGCGAAGCUGAAACAGUCAUGCAGUUACGAAAUGAGCUGAGAGACAAGGAGAUGAAGCUGACUGAUAUUCGCCUGGAAGCCCUUAGCUCUGCUCAUCAGCUUGACCAGCUGCGCGAGGCCAUGAACAGAAUGCAGAGUGAGAUUGAAAAAUUAAAAGCAGAAAAUGAUCGCCUGAAAUCUGAAAACCACGGGAGCUGUAGCCGGGCUCAGUCUCAGGUUUCCAUUUCAUCUUCUCCAAGACAUUCAGUGGGUCUCUCUCAACACAGUUUGAACCUCACGGAGUCGACCAGUCUCGACAUGCUGUUAGAUGACACUGGAGAUGGCUCAGCCCGGAAAGAAGGAGGCAGACACGUCAAAAUAGUUGUCAACUUUCAGGAUGAGAUAAAAUGGAAGGAGGAUUCGAGGCCUCGCACCUUCCUCAUAGGCUGCAUCGGAGUCAGUGGCAAGACCAAGUGGGAUGUCCUAGAUGGGGUUGUGAGACGGUUGUUUAAGGAGUACAUCAUCCACGUGGAUCCCAUGAGCCAGCUGGGCCUGAAUUCAGACAGUGUCCUGGGCUACAGCAUUGGAGAAAUCAAACGCACUAACAGCGCGGAGACACCGGAGCUGUUGCCCUGUGGCUAUCUAGUUGGAGAAAACAACACAAUUUCAGUUACCAUCAAAGGUAUCUGUGAGAACAGUCUGGACGGGCUGGUGUUUGAAUCACUGAUCCCAAAGCCUAUACUGCAGCGUUAUGUCUCUCUCCUGAUGGAACACAGGCGGAUUAUCUUGUCUGGCCCCAGUGGCACUGGUAAAACAUACCUGGCAAACCGUCUGUCAGAGUACAUGGUCCUCAGAGAGGGCAGGGAGUUGGCUGAUGGCAUUAUUGCAACCUUCAACGUGGACCAUAAAUCCAGUAAGGAGCUCCGCCAAUACCUGUCCAACCUAGCAGACCAGUGUAACAGUGAGAAUAAUGCUGUGGAUAUGCCUCUUGUCAUCAUUUUGGAUAAUCUGCAUCAUGUUAGCUCCCUGGGAGAGAUCUUUAAUGGACUUCUAAACUGCAAAUACCACAAAUGUCCUUAUAUUAUUGGCACAAUGAACCAAGCCACCUCCUCAACACCUAAUCUUCAACUUCACCAUAAUUUCAGAUGGGUGCUAUGUGCUAACCACACUGAGCCAGUCAAAGGCUUCCUUGGCCGUUUCUUGAGAAGAAAACUGAUUGAAACAGAGAUCAGUGGCAGGAUGAGAAAUGCAGAGCUGGUUAAGAUUAUUGAUUGGAUUCCCAAGGUCUGGCAACAUCUGAACAAAUUCUUGGAGGCUCACAGCUCCUCUGAUGUUACUAUUGGUCCACGGCUCUUCCUCUCCUGCCCAAUAGAUGUAGAUGGUUCUAGAGUUUGGUUUACUGACUUGUGGAACUACUCCAUCAUCCCAUAUCUUCUGGAGGCAGUUAGAGAAGGGCUACAGCUGUAUGGGAGGAGAGCACCCUGGGAGGACCCUGCCAAAUGGGUAAUGGACACCUACCCCUGGGCAGCCACCCCACAGCACCACGAGUGGCCUCCUCUGCUCCAGCUGCGGCCUGAAGACGUGGGCUUUGAUGGCUACUCCAUGUCCCGGGAGGGCUCGACCAGCAAACAAGUUCCAGUGAGUGAUGCCGAAGGAGAUCCUUUGAUGAACAUGCUCAUGAGGCUGCAAGAAGCAGCCAACUACUCGAGCCCGCAGAGCUACGACAGUGACUCUAACAGCAACAGCCACCACGAUGACAUCCUCGAUUCAUCUCUGGAGUCCACGUUGUGAUCCUCCUCGGAUAGAAACAGGUUGUUUCCAUUAUUGCUCUCCCGUUUGGCAUGAACCCUGAUCACAGACUCAUGAAAAGAACACGGUCCUGGGCUGGGCUGGGAUCUCAGUAUUAGAGCUGCAAGAACAAUGAGACACUUAGAGUCAGUCUUGAACCUGGGUGCAGGCAACCCAAGCAACCUUUUUAUUGUUUUUCUUUUGACGAUGAUGAGAACUGCACUAUUCCUUUGGUUUCUUCUGUUUAGUUGCUGUAAGCUCUCAUGCCUAAGAUACUGAAGAUGUUAUAAAUAAUCAUCAUUGCUAAAAAUUGAAGGGCCGUGGGGGGAACUUCACAGCCAUGAAGCAAACAGCUUUGUGCCAUGUACUGUCCAGAAGGAAAGGGGAGAGGAAAUUUUUGCUUAUGCUGCUUCUGACCAAACACGUUUAGGUGAGGGCUGGACUUUUACCAAUCAGCUUUGUGGAUUAAACUCAGCUUCAUCUAGUACUGGUGCUAUAAACAAUAUUGCUUGCCUUGGUAAUAAUACUCAAUAAAGGCAAAGCUGCAAAACAGGGAAGUUUGAAUAAAUAUUCAAAAAAGAGAAGAAAAAAAAAAAAGUUUGUUUUUUUUUUUAAAAAAAAAGGAAAAGAGCUGCUCUCCUUGCCAGUCUGAGACCUUGGCUUUCUUUUAUAAAGAUAUAUAUAUAAAUAGGAAUAUAUAAGAAUAUAUAUACAGUCUGAACAAAUCAGGUUUUUUCCAACACUGUGUAACACUCAAUCCUGCUACAAGUGAAAGGUCAGGUAGCCCUUUGCUAGUCAGGGCCUGAUUCUCUUCCCACGUCCAUCCAUGUAACCAACACUGUUGACUUCUGUGGCGUUACACCAAAUUAAUUUACUCUGAUGCAAGUGAGUUUCUCUCCUCUGCAGUCAGUGACAGGGCCAUGCCUCAGGGUGUGAGCCCUGCACCUGGAGGUGAGCUACACCCCUGGAAAGGGAUUAAUUGGACUUUCAGUUUUUAAUUCUUGCCAUGAAAUAUUACAGCUGUUCUCUAAAAACUUGGGGUUUUGUUCAGAGUUUUUUGUUCCCAUCAGCACAACCAUAAAUGGGUUAGUUAAAACUCAGCUCUGUGACAGUUCCAGUGCUACUCUGGUGACAACAUUUACUUCCAUUACUUUUCUUUUUAAUUGAAAAAAAAAAAAAAUUAAGAAAAAAAUUUAAAAUUAGUCUUUUAGCAGUAUUCAGGUCUGGAAAAAAAGGAGGGAAGGUGCUGCAUCUUUUAAGUUUAGCUGGGCCAUGCUUUUGAGUAAUGGCAGAGCUGUGAACCUGGUUUUAUUUCUCCUCCUGUCUCAAUGCACACACCUACACUAUCAGUGUUAAGGCUGGUACUUCUGUUGAGGAACAGGAACACCUCCCAAAGAAUUGCACUUUCCUUCUUAUGGAAGCAAAUACUGACACCACCACAACGUCAGCUGUACCUCAGCAAAAACUUCACUCCUCAGUAGUGAUUUGUGCUAGCCUUUCCAGCUAUCUUUUGGUGCUGAAUUUUAAAGCGAUGCCUUAUUUUAUACUAAUUGUGUUUUGAUUAAAUUAGUGCUGUAUAUUAUGGGAUUUUAUUUAAAGAAACAGGGCUAAAGUCAUCUCUUGGAAUAUCAUAAGUUGCUGUGAAUAUUGUUUAUACAAGAUACUAGAAUCUAUUUAAAUGUGACAAAACAAAAAAGGAGGAAAAUGAGAUAACUUUUCAGGUUCAUAUCAAUCCGCAGCUAAUAAACUAAGAGCUGUUUUAUCCAUGCAGAAGGAAAAAAAAAAAAAAGAAGCUUUUCAAUUGUAAUAAAUGCUGUCAUUAAUAAACUACAGGAAUAUGCUGGUUUUUCAAUGUACAGAAAGGAAACUUAUUACACUUUUUUAAGAGCUUGUGGGUUUAAAGUAAUGUAACAGACAAGUUCAUGCUUCUGUGACUCAGCUUGAGAGGAUGGUUUUAUUAUACCUCAUGACUUUCUGUAACAUAACUGUACUUUGUCUUACUGAGCUGGUCUUGAAUCUGCUCCUGUUACAACUUCUAAGUGCUGAUGACUUUUUUUUUUUUUUAAGAAAAAUAUUGUAAAAGAAAAAUUUAAAUAUUUUAAUGAGGGGUGGGGGGAAGAGCUUGGUGUUGUUACUGUUUUAACUUGAUGAACUCUAUUUCAUUAUUUCGCUCAAUGAAUUACCAAGGGUUACUCAGCCAAUGCCCCUAAUCCACUUCUUGGUACUGUAAAAAUGGGAUAAAUCUGUAUGGAAUCAAAUCCAUAGCAUGCUGGUGAGGAGUUUCAGAGAGGUUAAUUUUCCAAUAGUCUUGACAGUUCUGCUUCCCAGCACUGACUUUACCUGCUACUACUGUGAAUUUUGGUACCUAAUCCCCCAACUGAAUCCAUGCAGAUAGAGCAUGUGCCUGUAAAAAAAAUCCAGUUGCAGGGCUAGGGCUUUACAUGGACUUAAAAUCCUAGGAUAUAUCUCAGUUAACCGUAAACUGAGUUCUAUGAGAGAUGUUUAAAAUUAGGUUUUAUUUGUGGGGAACGGGGUAUUUUAUUUUAUUUUUCUUCUCAUUUUUAAUCCUGUGCUUAAGCUCAGGAAGGAGUUUCUGGGUUUUAUUUUUUAUUGACACUAGCUUGGAUUCCAGUGAGCGAGGCAAUUUUAAGUAGGCUAAUCAUUCUAAGCAUCACAAUAUUCAGUCUCUUCUCUGAGACUUCGGGAAGCAGGGUUACCUGUUGUGCACACAUCUUAGUUUUUAUCAGACUUUUCAUAGUUUAAGUCUUUCUUUAAGUGACUUGGUUCUCAUUUAAGGCUUUCUCAAAACACUUCCUUUUUGUUUUUUUUUGUCUUUUUUUCCUUACAAAGUUGGCAUGUUUAAAAAAAAAAAAAUCAAGAAGAAAGAAAUGCAAGAUUCUAUGCAACGUUGAGGUUGAGUUAUAAAUUGAAAGUAUAAACCAUUUUCUUCCCUUCAGAACUGCCAAGAAUUAUACAGGCCAUAAAUGAGAUGUGGUUUAUUUGGGGAAAGGGAGGGAGGGGGGAGGAGGGUUGGCUAGCCUUUUUGUACAUUUUGGAAGAAGAAAACUGUUAUUUCAUUGUUGAUGCUUAACUUCGAUAUUAUGUGUAUGAAAUCUUGUCUAAAUGUGGCCAUUUUCUUUCCAGGAAAAAAAAAAUAAAUACAAAAAGCAAGCAAAAAAAUCUUUGUCAAUAUUAAAUGGAAGGUUGCUGUUUUGAUCUAGUCAUUUCCAGUGGAACAGUUUAUGAAAUAUGUUCUAUAAGAUGUACAUUUUUUCAUUGUAACAUAGAAAUGUAAAUAUUUGAUUAAAAGUGCUGCAUUUUGAUGAAUUUUUUCUAGCCAUUUUUAAAGAGAAAAACUAGGAAUUGAGUAUUUUGUGUACGUUUAUGAUGUUUUCCAUUUGCUCCUCUCCCUAUUUAAUUUUCAGUUCUCAUUUAGGAUUGGAAUUUGUGAAUGGUCUGUUUGAGAUCAUGCCUCUCCUUUCUCACCCUCCCCGUUUCUCCUGCCUUCCCCUCCCCUGUGUCAUGGAGAAUAAAGCUGAUGAUUGUACCAGUCUUAAAUUAUUCAUGAUUCAAUAAAAUUGAUGCUUAUUUAUUCAGA